AUGCGCUCAUUCUCGCUAUUGUUGCUGCCGCUGGUGCUUGCCCUCGCCACGCUCGUUCACGAAACGCACGCUUCAACCGUCUGUCGCGCGCAAAACAUCCUCGAUGCAUGCCUAAACAUGCAGCAGAAGCAGUUCCGGUCCUGCGCGUACGACAACUGGGAGUGCAAAUGCCAUUGCCAAAGAAAAGUCCUCACGUGCUAUGACAACUGCCCAGAUGCUGAGAACCGCACAUUGCAAGAAAUGCAGGUGCAGAUUUUUUGCGCCGCCGUCAAUGGUAAGGAGUAUAACAGCGAGAUGAUGGACCGGAUGACGAGGCCGGCGCGCAAUCUGGCGGAUGAUAUCCAGGUGGUGGUGAAGACACAGGAGCCUACUGAGGCGGAGAAGACCAAGGCUGUGGCGAGUGCUGCGAAGCCCUCGCUGGUGCCGUCGGAGAAUGGACUGGUGGGUGGCGGCAGUGAUGAUUCCAGUGGGGGAGGGGCGAAGGGGAAGAAGCCGAGUUACCGUGUUGUUAAUGAUAAUUCUGCGCUGCGCAUUUGUGCUCCGUCACUCGCCCUUGUUUUAACAGCAGCUGCGUCCCUGUGGAUCCCUUCCUUCGCACUUUAA